CCUUGGUGAUGCCAUCCUCCGGUGCCAGGAGGACUUGGGAGGCGAAUUUCCGAGCCUCUUCGUAGGAAGUGAAAGUGCCUUCGACGUUGUGCUCUCUCUCCUCGCCGGUGUCGUCCUCGGCGUACAAGAUAUUAGUCUGGACGACGUGGUACAAGUCCUGGUGGACCUUGUGGUCAUCGCCGCCUUUUAGACCCAGAGUGUUCGGGGUGGUGGCGACGCUGACGCGGAAAGUGGUGCCGUCGGGGGCUUUGGCCAGCACGCAGAGACCAGUUCGUCUCUUGACUUUGUGCGCAAUGAAGUCUUGCUCGUUGGUCUCGUAGUCGUCGAACCAUUCUCGCUCGUAGCCGGCUUCGAAGAGGGUUCUGUGCGCCGCCGCCUUGGCUGCAGGUAGCGUCGUGUACGAGCCGCACACGCGCACCUUUUCUAUCUGUGCAUUGACGUCUUUGGGGAGGUGUGAGGUCGUGAAGACCACAUGGUAGAGGUUCUCGCCUUCGGGCGCGCCGUUGCCGCUAAGUGCCAUUUGUGUUUUGUGUUUUGUGUUUGUGACUUGACUGAGAAAGGAUCACUCAGAUGAUUGAGUGUUGUUGAUUUGAUUUGGUUUGUUGUUUGGCUUUGUUUGAUCGACUUGUGUGAAUGUGCCUGGACUAUAAAGUGAGAACAGGGCACGGCCUGCUUCUUAUGAGGUUGUACAGUAGCUUGUUGGGACAGGAGCCGAGAUCUCCACACAAGGCAGCAUUACGACAUCAACAGCUUCUGGGUCUCACUGGAUCUUCCAUCGUGUUUGCACAGACUCGCCCGGACACAGGCUACACUUACUAGUACCUAGCUUGUGGCAUGAUGGGGUGGGGGCUUCAACCCGAGCAUGCCUCCGGUCCGGCCAGACCACGGAAGGAAGGGGAGGGAAGAGGACAGACACUGGUUUCGCCCGGAUUAGACGGACUGGGGAGGGCGCCAGUGGUUCAUCUCAUGCUUGCUCGCUCGGCGAGAUGGAAGUUGAGUCGAGGAAACUGCGAGCGCUGGGCAAAAUGGCUCAUCAUUGGAUGCGCGAUUUCGCGGAGGUUGAGAAGCUUCGUGAUAUUGGAUGAACUCGAGGGGUCAAAUGACACGGUUUCUAGACUUCCAGCUUCCCAUGAACGUGACCGGGCUGCUAGUCUGUCACUGGUUAUAGUUGCCUUGACGGUAUGGUAUUACAGAUUGUACAUUUGAGGACAUGAUGGCUUUUCC